AUGGUACGUGUUUUAGGAAUUGUUGAUGACCGACUUACGUGCAUAGAUCCAAACCGCGACCCGGACCGCGAGUGGCAGAGAGCUGUGACGCCUGCACUUACACUAGCCCAACAUUUCGCACAGAUAAAGGAGAAAGAGGCCGCUGCCUGUUUGUUGGAAAGCGUUGACAAAGCUCUGGAAAUCUCAAGAAAGGAGGAGAAAGGUACUGUGCAGCUCAGAGGAUCUGAAAAUUAUGUCGAACCACGAAUCGACUACUGCUCAAGGAUUUCCAGAUUCAGGCCUGUACGCGAUGGCCUGAUCGUGCAUCCCUCGUGGGAACGUCAGGACUUUUCAGCACUUUUGAAGAUGUGGUGCGUAGAGAGCCCUCAACACCGUCACUCUCGUGCUGCUUACGCAUUCAACCUGGACGGCACGCCAACAAUCGAAUACGAGAAAGCCUUGUCAAUCUACGCUCAACAGCGUAUGGACGCAGUGGAAGCUCACAGCCGUGACUACGCCUUGAAGAAAGCGGGCCGUGUGACAGGUCGCACUGUCUUGCGGCUUGCGACUGCCCCUGUGAGGAGCGAGGGUAUACAGAAGCAACAGGUCAGCUCGCAGAUAGACGAGGAUGAGGAAGACAGAGACGAACAGCGUCGAAAGAUUGUUGCAAAGCCGAAGGCUGCGAUAAGUCCUAGACAUGCGAGAGGCAGAGUCUCAAAACCCACAAAUGCCAAAUCCAGGCGCAUGAACACGUCAUCAAGAGGCGUACCGAAGCAGUCUCUGUCCCCGUCGCAGGAUGGUGAAACACUGCCUCGAGGGCUGUGGUGUAAGAAACUGGAGGGUCGAGCUAACAUUAACGAGUGCUACAGAAAACGCAGGGAGGACACACUACGUGAACGAGAGGGCCUAAGCCCUGAUCCGCAGCGAGCAGAAGCAGAAGCGAAGAGAGAACAGCACGAGGCCACGGGUUGA